AUGGCGGCGCGACGGAUGUGUGGGAACCCGGAGCUUCUGCGCCUGUUUCGGCCUCAGCGCCAGUUCCACAGCAUCUCCUUGCAUUCACACCGGCUUCAUGGACCACACUGGAAACAACCGUCUGGCCCGCGCCUCUUCCCAGCCAAACAAAGGUGGAAAGGGUCUGCCUUUGUCUGCAAGCUCGGCCCCGGCCCAAGGUGCCUCAGUACCUCCACCGCCCUGCUCGCCGAAAGCCAGGUGCAGACCUCUCCCAUUCUCCCUGCAACUCCUUCCCCAACAUCAGUGACAGAGGUGGUUCCAGCUGGAGCUGCUGAUGUAGUCCAGGCUGCCACAGAGCAGAGCCUCAGUGACCUGGGACUAGGAGGCUACACUCCCGUGGGGCUGGUGCAGAACUUUCUGGAGUUUGUCCAUGUUGACCUGGGCUUGCCAUGGUGGGGAGCCAUUGUUACAUGCACUGUUGUAGCAAGAUGCCUCAUUUUCCCCCUCAUUGUGAGAGGCCAACGGGAGACGAUAAAGCUCAAUAACCACUUGCCAAAAAUGCAGAAACUUUCCACUCGGAUGAACGAGGCCAAGUUGUCGGGGGACAGAAUGGAGUUUUUCAGGGUCGCUUCAGAACUGCAACUCUAUCAGAAGAAACACAAUAUAAACCCUCUGAAAGGAUUCAUUGUUCCUCUAGCUCAGGCUCCUGUCUUCCUCUCCUUCUUUAUUGGUCUGAGAGAGAUGUCCUCUCUCCCUGUGCCCAGUAUGCAGAAUGGUGGGCUCUUGUGGUUCCAGGAUCUCACGGUAGCAGACCCUACCUAUGCACUGCCCUUGAUAGUCACAGCAUCGAUGUGGGCAAUCCUGGAGCUGGGAGCUGAAACUGGUGUCAACAAUGCCAGCCUGCGCAUGAUGAAAAACUUCUUCCGAGUUCUGCCCCUCGUGGUCUUACCCUUCACCAUCAAUUUCCCCACGGCAGUGUUCACGUACUGGUUCUCCUCCAACCUCUUCUCACUGGUCCAGGUGGCCUUCCUUCAGAUCCCAGCCGUGCGUAUCUGGCUGCGCAUCCCAAAGCGGAUCCCCCCUGAGCCAGGCCAGGUGUUUUUGCAGGACGGCUUCAUUAAGACCAUCAAAAAAAGCUGGAAAAAUGCCCAGGCAAUACACCAAUUAAAGGAGCGGGAGCGCCGAAUGCGGGACCAGCUGCAGCUGGCAGCUCGAGGCCCCUUACGACAGACCUUUGCCCACAACCCCCUGCUACAGCCUGAGGGAAAACAGCCUCCUACCAACACCACCACCACCAGCAGCAGCAAACCAAAGACACAGAAGCCCUGGAGGGAUACUCUUGGAUGACUGGUGUAGUACUUAUCAUCAGAGUGCCAGAGAACAGUGACUGACUACCAAGAGCCUCAGAAUUCCUGAGAGCAAGAUCUGGACAAUGACUCCCUACCCUGAUCCUAGAAGCAGUGGGAAUGAGAAUUCUUUCUCACAAGUAUUUAAUGCCACAGACUCUUAAUAGACCAACAUACAAAGGUGGGUAUGGGAAGGCUUUCAGUGGUAUAUGCAUAGUGAGCAUCUGAGCCAUUUUCUCUUCUCUGGGAAGGUAAUAAACUUCUAUAUUCAUAUACUA